CACGAGAGGCUGCAAGUCUGAUCUGUUGCAGUUCGCGUGUGUCUCGUGCCACCGGCGCGCGUUCGAGGAUUUUAUCCAAGUUCAGUGCUCGAGCGACAAGCGAGGGAAAAAAAUUUCACAGCGAAACUCGAAACAAUUUGAACCGAAGCUGCAGGCUGAAUUUCCGUAAUUUUGAGACCUUCGACAUCGAUGUCGUAGCUCGUGCAGCAUCAACAGCGACCACGGCCGAUAAUGCGAAUCAACAAUAACAUGAGUUUAAUCAUGGUGAGGGCAUACGACGGAGUUCUCGUGAUCGCCGACGUGUUCGUGCUCCUGCUCAAGGUGUUCUUCUACGUCGUCGAGGGCUUCUAUCGAUUCUUCUUUCCCGUAGACGAGAAGAGCGUGGCCGGAGAAAUCGUACUGGUAACCGGCGCGGGUCAUGGUAUUGGAAAGGAGUUGGCCUUAAAAUACGCUUCCUUGGGCGCCACCGUGAUUUGCUGGGAUAUCAAUGAGACCAGCAAUGCCGAAACGGUCAACGAGAUUAAAAAGCUCGGAGGUGCCGCUGCUCAUGGAUACAAAUGCGACGUGUCGCAGAGAGAGGAUGUGAUGCGCGUCGCCGACGAGGUGAAAAAGGAAGUCGGCAGCGUAACGAUUCUUGUGAACAAUGCCGGCAUCAUGCCCUGUCAUCCUUUCCUCGACCACACGCCGGAGGAGAUCAAAAAGAUGUUCGACAUCAAUGUGAUGGCGCACUUUUGGAUGUUGCAAGCAUUUCUGCCCGACAUGUUGGCCAAAAAUCAUGGCCAUAUCGUAGCCCUAUCAUCCAUGGCCGGAAUCAUUGGUGUGACCAAUUUAGUACCCUACUGCGCGACCAAAUUUGCUGUUCGAGGUAUGAUGGAGGCAUUGAGCGAGGAAUUGAGGGUAGCCACAUCGUGCGGUGGUACCAAUUCGAACAUACAGUUCACUAUUAUUUACCCUUACAUGGUAGACACCGGACUUUGCAAGAAGCCAAAGAUAAAAUUCCCGAGCCUAAUGUCUGUCGUUUCACCGAAAGAGGCAGCCGCACAAAUAGUACGAGCACAACGCAGAAACACACCGGAACUAUCGAUUCCAAGCCACUGGCUGUCAGUCAACUACUUUUUAAGAUGUUUUCCUGAAAAAGCACCUCGAGCAGUCAAAGAUUUUCUAGACAGCGGGGUUGCAGCGGACAAUAGUUAGAAUCUGAGCUGCUGAGCGCAAUCAAAGUUAAUAUAUAAUAUGUAAAAAAUGGUAAUUUCAAUCAACGACGCUACACAAACAGCAAAGCUAUAAUAUUAAAAUUGAUAAUUAACAGCUUUGAGUACUUUGAAAGACUGAAAAGCAACCAUUAAAUAACAUUAAAUUCAUGGAAUUGUUACAAUUUAUGUGAUCUAAGUAUUUCUCGGUUGUUUUAUUGACUUCGUGUAUGUUAUUUAUAUCAUAUAACGUAGCGUUUGUUUGUAUACUUUUUUUAACGUUAUUCAUAAUAAACAUUUUAUUUUAUUUUUGAUUUCUGAAAAUUUUCAAGUGAUACGACCAUUGAGGUAUGUUAGUAAUUUCUAUCAAUGUUUUGAUAUGGAAAAGCUAGUCUGUAAUGAUCAACAAUAAGUAAUUUUAGAUUUAUUACAAAAAUAAUAUAUUUACGUUAACAUUUCUCGAGAGUCAUGUCAUGUCUUAUAUUUUCACAAUUUUUUUAAGUUGCAUUGGUAUGAUAAGAAAUUAUAAUAAUUUUUAAGUAUCAAUAAAAUCACAAUUGAUCAAGCC